GCCGUUCGCCCAGCGAUCCUUCGACAUGGCGGCGCACGUGGGCGAAGACGAAGCAUACGAGACCGUGCAGGAGCCAGCAGUCGCCGCGCUGCGCCUGGCCAGGCAGGGCAGAGAGAGAAUGCGCGAGGUGUGCGCGUGGGGGGGGCGACGCAUUCUCAUGUCGCAGGGGGCGGAUGGCGAGUGA